CACCACUGCCGCAGCCUCCUCGUGCGGAAGAAGCGCCCGGUCUUCUGCCGUGCCCGGAGAAUGUGUGUGUGUCCCGGGCCCAGACGAAGUGCCAGUGUCAUGUGGCCCAACAUUUGAGUACAUCUUCUGGCUCAGUCCUGUACACUUAACCUUUGGAUGACUUUCAGGAAUCCCCAUCAGAAGUUCCAGCCUGCCGCUCUUCUCUGAUGCCAUGCCAGCACCAACUCAACUGUUCUUUCCUCUGGUCCGUAACUGUGAGCUGAGCAGGAUCUAUGGCACUGCCUGUUACUGCCACCACAAACAUCUCUGCUGUCCAUCACCCUACCUUCCUCAGAGUCGUCUGAGAUACACGCCCCAUCCAGCAUAUGCUACCUUUUGUAGGCCAAAGGAGAAUUGGUGGCAGUACACCCAUGGAAGGAGAUAUGCUUCCACACCACAGAAAUUUUACCUCACGCCGCCACAAGUCAACAGCAUCCUUAAAGCUAAUGAGUACAGUUUCAAAGUCCCCGAAUUUGAUGGCAAAAACAUCAGUUCCGUCCUUGGAUUUGACAGCAAUCAGCUGCCUGCAAAUGCACCCAUCGAGGACCGGAGAAGCGCAGCAACCUGCUUGCAGACCAGAGGAAUGCUUUUAGGGGUUUUUGAUGGCCAUGCAGGCUGUGCGUGCUCCCAGGCAGUCAGUGAAAGACUCUUUUAUUAUAUUGCUGUCUCGUUGUUACCCCAUGAGACUUUGCUAGAGAUUGAGAAUGCAGUGGAGAGUGGUCGGGCACUGCUACCCAUCCUCCAGUGGCAUAAGCACCCCAAUGAUUACUUCAGCAAGGAGGCAUCCAAAUUGUAUUUCAACAGCCUGAGGACUUACUGGCAAGAGCUUAUAGACCUCAACACUGGUGAGUCGACUGAUAUUGAUGUUAAGGAAGCUUUAAUUAAUGCUUUCAAGAGACUUGAUAAUGACAUCUCCUUGGAGGCUCAAGUUGGUGAUCCUAAUUCUUUCCUCAAUUACCUGGUGCUUCGAGUGGCGUUUUCUGGGGCUACUGCUUGUGUGGCCCAUGUGGAUGGUGUUGACCUUCAUGUGGCCAAUACUGGUGAUAGCAGAGCCAUGCUGGGUGUGCAGGAAGAGGAUGGCUCUUGGUCAGCAGUCACACUCUCUAAUGACCACAAUGCUCAGAAUGAAAGAGAAGUAGAACGGCUCAAAUUGGAACACCCAAAGAAUGAGGCCAAGAGUGUGGUGAAACAGGAUCGACUGCUUGGGUUGCUGAUGCCUUUUAGGGCUUUUGGAGAUGUAAAGUUCAAAUGGAGCAUUGACCUUCAAAAGAGAGUAAUAGAAUCUGGCCCAGACCAAUUGAAUGACAACGAAUAUACCAAGUUUAUCCCUCCUAAUUAUCACACACCUCCUUAUCUCACUGCUGAGCCAGAGGUAACUUACCACCGAUUAAGGCCACAGGAUAAGUUUCUAGUGUUGGCCACUGAUGGACUGUGGGAGACUAUGCAUAGGCAGGAUGUGGUUAGGAUUGUGGGCGAGUACCUAACUGGUAUGCAUCACCAGCAGCCGAUAGCGGUUGGUGGCUACAAGGUGACUCUGGGACAGAUGCAUGGCCUUUUAACAGAAAGGAGAGCCAAGAUGUCCUCCGUGUUUGAGGAUCAGAAUGCAGCAACCCAUCUCAUUCGUCAUGCUGUAGGCAACAACGAGUUUGGAGCUGUUGAUCAUGAGCGCCUUUCCAAAAUGCUUAGUCUUCCUGAAGAGCUCGCUCGGAUGUACAGGGAUGACAUUACAAUCAUUGUCGUUCAGUUCAAUUCUCACGUUGUGGGGGCAUAUCAAAACCAGGAAUAGUGAAUAGAUCUUACCCUGGCAGUUCUCAAAUGAAAUAGAUUUAAAGGGCAGAUAGAGUUUUUUAAAAAGAUGCUAAUAUAAUAAGCAUUUCCAGUGGGCCAUUAUAAGCACUUACCCAUUUGAUGCUCUAGUAGUCAGGUAUUCCAAAUUGAUUUUGCACAGGAUGGCAGGAUCAUGAGAGUGGUUUUUCCUAGCUCGGACCUUGCAGCACCUGCUCAUGAGGCGAGUCAGUUCUUACUGCAGGUGUCUUGAGACAUCAGAUUCUUUUUUACCAGUCUGAGAAAAUCAGGAUCCUGAAAAGGCCAAAAGCAAGGAUUUUGCUGGGUGUAUUCUCUUGGUAAAAGGGAAGAUGUGUUACUUUACAACCUGCAAACCCUUUCUUCACUGAGAUUCCAGUGUACAUGAGAACAUUUAUUUACUGCAUGAUUUCCUAGAUACACAACUAUGCAUUAUUUGUAGACAUUCAUUUUAAUCUGAAGUGGUUUGCAAAUCCAGUACUUUAAGCCAUAAAUGACCAAGAACCAAGCAAUCUGUAUUUUUAAGGUUUUUUUUUUUUUUAUUCUGUGACAGAAAUGCUUCUUAAAUGGAAAAAAAUCAAACUAUACUUCCUUCCUCACCCGAUUUCCUAAUGUAAUUGGAAUGUUUUCUAUUUUGCCACACACUUGACGAUAAUAAAGGUUUUUAGUUUUAUCUGUUCUUAUACGGAUGUUAAAAUUCUUUUUUUAGUUUGUAUUAAUGAAAAGCUUUAUUCAGUUUGAAAUAAAGAGAUCCAAAAUAAAAAGAAGAAACUGAUAUGUUCAAUUCUGGUCAUGUGUAUCCACCAGCACGUCAUUCUUAUGUAAUCCUCACAGGCUUGGCAUGCUUUAAGUGUGUGGUGGGUAGACUGCUGCUGGGAAAUCAUACUUCUUGUUUAGUAGUAAUAAGAAUUUUCAUCAUUUGUGAAUUUAAGAUUAAAAUAAGUUUAAGUAUCAAUUUGAGGAGUAAGGUUUAAUAUUACCAUCUUGUGUUGAGACAGGAGAGAAGUUUUCUGUUUUUUUUCCACUUAGACAUAGGUCAAUUAAAAUAUUUGAUUUAAAAUUACUAAGUGCUUUAAGAGUACUAUAGCUUAAGAUGUAUUUGUUCAAAUAUAUACGUGAGAAAUUGUUAAAGGUAACUCUUGUGCAUGCCUGAUGCUUAUUAGAACACUUAGCAGCAUCAAGUGUUGUUUGCGGCAGUCUCCAUAAUUAUAUGCAGUCCCUUCUAAUAAUGUAUCACAGUAAAUUAAAAAUAAUAAAUAUAUUCAGAUUGGUUUCUUGGGAGCUUAUUUGAUAUUCAUCAAAUGACAUUUUGUUCCUGUGUUUAAUGGUGACCUGUGUACAACUGUGCAUAUAUUUCCAUCAGUUAUUAUGGCAUCACUGUUAAAUGGCUGUGACUGCUGAUACUCACAUAGAUUUUGGUAUAAAACACUAUUCAGCUUCCCAUUGUGUAAUUGGGAAUAUAAGAGUCCCUUCAUAAUUCUGUAGGGUAUAAACUAGAUCUCUCUCUGGACUGUGGAUACUGAAUCAGUAUAGUAUUGGCUAUAAAAUUUGUUCUAAUUGAAAAUAGACUCAGGAAGAUUGCAGCUCAGAACAUCUUAAUUUUAUUUUCUGAAAUGUUUUUAUUUUUGUUUUUAAAAAGUCAGUGUGGAACUUUUUUCCUAGGCAGUAUUUGGGGGGUGAAAGCUGUACUGUAUAUUUAUUUCUAAAUGUUUUGACAGAGGUUUCAUUUUUUAAUAUGUGGACUGCAGUAGCCAAACCAUUUUCAUCUAUUUUUUGAAUUGCUCUAAAACACCACCACUGAAGAGUUCCCUGUUGUUAUAUAUUGAAUAAUUUCUCUAUGCAAAAGUCAAGUGUAAUAGAAGGAAUAUAAAUUUGGUUUCCUGUGGUCAUGAUCAAAAUAGUAAUUCCUUUUACCCAAGAAGCUUGAUCUGCAGUUGGAAAGCUGGUCUGCUUUGAAUAGAUGUGAAAAUGCAAUGUGGACUUGACAUUGUGGAAAUAAUUGUUAGAAAUCUGAAUGUACAAACAUCAUCAAAAAUCAGUUGUGAAUUUAUUGUAAUGGGUUUUCACUGUGAUGUGAUGUCAAGUAUUAAAGUAAAUAAUAUACGUAAACUUUGAUGGUAUUCAGCCUUUCUUAAAUUUUUCAAAAUUAUUUAAACUUUGUAACAUGUAUUCAACUUUUGUAUUUAAUAUUUAAUCAGUAGUUCAUUAUGUAUGUAAUACACCUUUAACUAUUAAUGGAAUGCUGGUAUUUCAUAAGAAAAGCUGUAUUGGUGAAGACAUAUGAUACAGUUUAUAUCCAGUUGGAGACUGGUCAGAAAAACACCCACAGUAAAUUAAAGCUUCAUAUCUGCUUUCUGAAUGGCCUAUUGUUGAUUUUUCAUAAUGGUAAGAUUCAUUAUGUGCUUAUAGAUGGUAGGUGAUAUUUAACUUAAAGAUCUAAUAAACAAAUAGUACUUUAACAUA